CUCACCAACCCCCACCACCAAGACCACGACCCAACAACUGCCACCUGCGCUCCCCACGUUACUCAUUCCUGACUCAUGUGGGGUCAAGCCGUCCUGAGGCCUCGAGCCGCCUACAGAGCGCCAAAGAUCCGGCGCAACGACUCAACAGCGCGAUCCACUCGCAGCGGCACCGGCAUUUAAGCUCCCCCCCGAGAUGCCGACCUGGGUGUCUUUUCCGGGGUACAGGGGAGGAGAAGGUUCAACGAACACGGCGAGCAUUGGAGCCGAGCUUUUGCUGGAUGUGGUAUGAUGCUGAGACUGAGGGUCCCCAGCCAAUUAGCGGGUGUUAUUCACCUUCAAACGGAUGACGGAGGCGACUUGGUUUUGGGACUCGGAGUUGCGGUCUUGCGGGGGUGGAAUGUGAGACCCCACGGACUGGGCGUAUAUGAGGGAGUUUGGUCCGGCUGGGUUGGAUGGAUUUCAUAAUUUUGCGAUCAUCGGCUUGACUUGACGACUUGGUUCCUGCAUCUUUAUCUUCACGUUCUCGCACUCACCGUCACAAUGGGUUCAGUCGCCGCGGCUUUCGAUCCUACGGAGUAUCAGAAGAUCUUCCACUGGGCGGAGACUCAGAAGGAUGCGACGAUUCCUUCGUUCAGGACGAGAAGGAAUGAUCCCUAUGAGUAUCAAGCUGGUUUUGGAAACUCAUUCGAGUCCGAGGCUAUUCCUGGAACGAUUCCACACGGCCAGAACAGCCCUCGCAAUGUUCGCUUUGGGCUCUACGCAGAGCAGGUCACCGCGACUGCUUUCGUUGCGCCGCGACACUCAAACAAGAAGGCCUGGCUCUACCGCGUGAGGCCUGCUGUUGCUCAUCAAGGAUUUACCGACCUCCCCGACAACAAAGACACCGAGUGCAGCUUCCUACCACUAAACCCUCGCAUCCACGUUUCUCCCACACAGCUCGCAUGGCACCCCUUCGACAUUGAAGAAGCUGAGACAGACUUCGUCUCCGGUCUCAAGUCCGUCGCUGGUUCCGGCGACCCAACCCUCCGCGAGGGCAUCGCGACACACGUCUAUACCGCGAACAAGAGCAUGACGAAGAAGGCCUUUGUGAACUCCGACGGCGAGUUCCUCAUUGUCCCCCAACAGGGUGCUCUCGACAUCCAGACCGAAUUCGGUCCUCUAUACGUCCAGCCUGGUGAGAUUGUCGUUAUCCAGCGCGGUCUCCGUUUCCGCGUUGAGCUCCCCGAUGGACCUUCACGUGGGUAUAUUCUCGAGAUCUGGGGCUCACAGUUCGAGCUUCCUGAACUCGGUCCCCUCGGUGCCAAUGGUCUUGCCAACGCUCGCGACUUCUUGUACCCAACGGCCAAGUACGAGGUCGCCCAGGAGUCCUGGGAAAUUAUCUACAAGCUCGGAGGCAAAUUCUUCAAGAGCACACAAAAUCACAGCCCUUUUGAUGUUGUUGCCUGGCACGGUAACUAUGUUCCAUACAAGUACGACCUGACCAAAUUUGUCAACGUCGGCUCCAUCUCCGUCGACCACAUUGAUCCUUCCAUCUUCUGCGUUCUCACAGCCAAAUCCCGCGACCUUACUGCUCCUCUCGCCGAUGUCCUCAUCUUCUCUCCUCGCUGGGAUGUUGCUUCCCACACCUACCGACCACCGUACUACCACCGCAACGCCGCCUCAGAACUAAUGGGUCUCAUCUACGGCGACUACGGCGGCCGCUCCGACGAGUUCAAGCCGGGCAGUAUCUCCUUUGAGUGUGGAAUGGUCCCCCACGGCGUCGCCUACGAGGAAUUCAAAGCCGCAACCGAAACCUCGCCUCCCGUGAUGCAGAUCUCGGAGGGCUCCAUCGCAUUCAUGUUUGAGUCCUCUCGGCCAUUCACGAUCACGGAUUACGCGUGGAACAGCGAGAAGAAGCACGAGCACGAGCCGAAGAUGUGGGAUAGUCUUGUGGAUAACUUCUCGAGUCAUGCCAAAGAGAUUGAGGAAAUUUUGAAGAAGAGUGGGAAGAAAUGAGCUUUUUUUUUUUGACAUCGGAUAAUAGGAUUUUGUAGUUAUGAUAGCGGCUGUAUGAAUUUGAUUGUAUUAUGUGGUUCUC